GGUAAACAGGAAGUGAACGCGAUUGAAGCUUUUGUUUUCGAUUUUUGUGACUGAACCAGGCAUGUUUGAGAGUUUUCCUUUGAACUGACACAGAAAUGAGUGACCUACCUGUAAAUCCUCUGGUUCUGAUCGGUGUCGGUUCCAGCUUUGCUUUCUCCGGCCUGUUUUAUCGUUUAUACCAGGAGAAGAAGAAAGAGUUAGACAAGCUAAAGGAAAUACCCAUUUUCAAACCAGAUCAGCAUUUGGUCAAAGUACUGAAAGCAACUCCCCACAGGCGGCUCCAGUAUGUUGCUGUUGAAGGUCUGGUCCAGGCGGACGGGGAGCCUUUGGCCAGCAAGUUUGUCCCACGAUCCUUUGGUGUGGUUCAGAAGAUUGCAGUGGAAGAACACUGGAAAUACUGGAACUCUCUCACCAGGACAUGGAACUCGCGGACAAUGAACAGAAAAGAGACCAGCAACUCUGUGCCCUUCAGUCUGAUCAGCCCUGGAGCCUACAUCACCGACUUCUACGUGAAGGUGCAGAACCCUCUGGAGGCCUCUGGGUCCUACCUGGAGAGGGUUUACCACAAAGUGCGACAGGCUGAGAAAGAUAUGGUGAACGUGGUGCUGCAGGGCCUGAGCGGGGAGAAACCGGUGGCGAUGGAGGAGAGCGAGGAGCUGCUGCGAGUAGGAAGCACCCUGACCGGGUUUGGGGAGGUGGUGCUGGAGGGAGGCGAGGUGAUGAGGCUUCAGGCCCCACAAGACGGCCGAUCCUUCGUCCUGGUGCCCGGAAACCACCGCAGCUUCAUGGAAAGACACGAGGCAACAGCCAGCAUGUGGAAGACGCUGACUGCUGUUACAGGCCUCACGGGAGCCGCUGUUCUCGCUGGUGUCAUUUACGACUUAGUGGGGAGACGAGACGACAGAUCCAAGUAGACCAACAGAGGAGGAGCCUGCAGGUUUGUCAGCUGAAAAAGCUGCAUCGCUGCCUUUCGGUGACCAAACACAGCCUCAGGAGAUUCUAGAACACAGUCUUAAUGCCAACAUGAUUCAUUUGCUCUCACAAGCAGCAUCUUGCCAAAGUGUAUCUAAGCCUUUUUUGGACAUCAGAGAAACUGAAGACAUAAAUUUACAAAGCAGAAAGCAACUUUUCUGAAAACACUGAUUUAAAAAAAAAAAAAAAAAAAAAAAGAGACAACAAAUGAACAAAUAAGUAAACACAUGAGCAAACAAGGAAGCAGCGAAACACUGACGGUUUAGAAAGCCGACUCAGAAACUAAACCACUUACAUAUUUCCUACAUAGCUGCUUUCUAUAAUACUGUUUUGUGUAAUAUUUCAGUGUAUUUUGUCCCUCUGGGUUGCUUUACUUGAUGCACCUUCUUAAAUAUCUGCAAUUGCUACUGUUCAGUUUAGUUUGACAAAGAUAAGACAGUUUGCAGACAGUCUGCUUAGAGAGGCUUGAAUUAAAUUUAAAUCCACAUUGCUGUAACAUCUAAAAUCAUACAAAUCAGAUCAUGUAGCUUCUAUGUUGUCACUACAUCAUUUCUUCUUCCAUCCCUGAGCCUCAAAUGUUGAGAAGUCUGUGGUGUGAGUUGAAACAACUGUGAUCAAGGGAACAUGUUAUUUUUGUAAUGUUGUACAUUUUCUGAAAUUAAUUGAGAAGUUUGGGGCAUGGUGUAGUGUCACACCUCCAGCCAAGCUUUUGUUCUGAUCUUUGCUUUUACUGUCCUUUUAUUAGACUUUUACUGUGAGUCUGAUCAAGGAACUUACAGAAUUGUUCCAUUUCUGUAAGUAUUCCCAUUUAAACUUGAACUCCAGCUUCACUGUGAUUAAGACUGCAUUUAGGAGUGUAUUUAGAAGUCAAAUUUUUACUUACGCACAAUCAGUGUUCAGUAUGUAUCUGAAAAAAACUGUACACAAUCAUUUUUUAAGGUGGUGGUUUUAGUCUUGCAACUUCAUAAUUAAUAAAAGCAGCAGUUUCAUUUUGA